GUUAUACUAACCAAACUAGCGUGUAACCAACGUAUCUCUACAUAUGUUUAGUUGUUGUACAUAAUUGUAAUCAUUUUUUUCACAGAGAAUAACUAAUUUUAGUUAAGUGAUUUAUCUGUUUACUGGUGAAAGCCUGUUUCAAUAGUUACUUGCCAAAAUUCAAUAAGUGAUCAGCAAGAUGUCAACAUCACUGGAUCAAUUUGCUAGUAGUGUUCGUAAUCUCUCGGCAACCGGUAAUUUUGAAAAAUUGAAUGAACUAUGUAAUAAAAGUAAAGAUUUAUUAAGCAAAAAUUAUGGCCAGUUGGACGAUAUUUUACAAACAUUUGAUCUGCAAGAACAUUCUCUCGGAAUAUUAACAAUUUUGGUUUGUAAAGCUGCUUUAGAUGGGGCCAAAGAUGAUGAAGCACUUCUGCAUUUGAUUGAAGAUUUCAUUGCUGGCUGUUCUUCUGAACAAGUUAAAUCUGCUCUUGAUAAUUAUAACUCUUUGAUUCAUUCUUACACUAAUUUUCUGGUCCUUAAAAAGCAAGCCAUUAGAGGAAUCAUCCACUUACAGAAAGCUAUAACCAAAAUUCGACUUCAUCAAAGCCAACUAACUUUUAUUCAUGCCGAUCUUUGCCAACUGUGUAUAUUGGCUAAGUGCUUCAAGCCAGCCUUAAAAUUUCUCGAUGUUGAAAUUAACAGUAUUGCCAAAGAUGCGGGACCAUCGGAGGUGAAAUACUUUUUACUCUAUUAUUACUAUGGCGGUAUGAUAUACGCUUCUCUCAAAAACUGGGACAGGUCGUUGUACUUUUUCGAAGUAGCACUAACCACACCAAGUAUGGCUAUCAGUAUGAUAAUGGUCGAAGCAUAUAAAAAAUACAUCUUGGUAUCUCUCAUAUUGGAUGGAAAAUUUCCAAGUCUUCCUAAAUACACAUCAAGCAUUAUCACCCGUUUCAGUAAAAAUUUCAGUUCGCCGUAUAAAAAUUUAGCAACAGCUUAUGCAACACAUGACUCGAAUGAAGUUUCAAAUGUUAUUCAAAAAUAUUCUGCAACUUUCAAUGCUGAUAACAAUAUGGGUUUAGUUAAACAAUGUUUAGUUUCUUUGCACAAGAAAAAUAUUCAGAAACUGACGAAAACAUUUCUGACUCUUUCUCUCAAUGAUAUGGCUGAUCGGGUCCAACUCUCUAGUGCCAAGGAAGCUGAAUUUUAUGUUCUCAAAAUGAUCGAAGAUGGAGAAAUAUUUGCUUCUAUUAACCAAAAAGAUGGCAUGGUUGUUUUCCUGGACAAUCCUGAGAAAUUCAACUCUGCUAAAGUCUUCCGUAAGCUGGAAGAUGAGAUGAAAACUUGUAUAGCACUGGAUGAAAAUCUCCGUAAAAUGAACCAUGAGAUUGCAAUUAAUCCUAAAUAUCUUCACAAAAUCCGUGUCGAGCCCGAAUGAAGAUCAAAAAUUAAUUUUGAAAAAUAAAUAAGUUUUUUUUCUAUAUUCUUUAUGAACAACUGUAAUAAAAGAAUUCCUUCGUUUACUUUAACUCUUCUGUUUACCUUCUGAGAAUAAAGCAUCUUCAUGCUCUGUGAGCAAAUACAUUGCA